AUGUCAUCAACAAAACCAAAUGUAAUAUUUGUAUUAGGUGGACCAGGAGCUGGCAAAGGUACACAAUGUACUCGUAUUGCUGAAACAUAUGGUUACGUUCAUUUAUCAGCUGGUGAUCUUCUUCGAGAAGAAGCAGCAAAACUUGAUUCAAAUUUAGGUAAAGAAAUAAAUGAACAUAUUAAAAAUGGUUCUAUUGUACCGGUUGCAAUAACUUGUCAAUUACUUGAAAAUGCAAUGAACAAUAGUGCAAAAGAUAACUUCUUAAUCGAUGGUUUUCCAAGAAAUAAAGAUAAUGUUGAUGGAUGGAAGAAAGCAUUAGAUGGCAAAGUUAAUAUUCAAUGUGUACUAUUUUUUGAUUGUGAUGAACAAGUUUGUGUUGCUCGAUGUCUUGAACGUGGUAAAGCAAGUGGCAGAACUGAUGAUAAUGAAGAUAGUUUAAAAAAACGAAUUGUUACUUAUAAUGAAUCAACUAAACCAGUAAUUCAACUUUAUGAAAAAGAUAAUUUAGUUAAACGAAUUGAUGCUUCGAAAGAUGUUAAUAAGGUAUUUGAAGAUGUUCGAAAUGUAUUUAAUAAUUUAAAAUCAACAUCUUAA